CUCGCGAUAAUGGUUCCGUCCUCUGGUUUAUUUCUGUGGACAAGGGCACAGCGUCAGUGUCACUGGUGUUUUUCUAUCUUACAGUGAAACAUGGCGAGGUUCCUGAGGUUAAACGUCAGGAAUUUUGUCACAUCCCAGAUUAGGAUGUCAUCUGACCAGUUGGGGGAGCUGGGUAAAGGUGCAGGAAAAGGUGGAGGUGGUGGAGGCUCCAUCAGAGAGGCAGGUGGAUCCAUGGGGAAGAAGCAAGCCGCCGAGGAGGAGAUGUAUUUCAAGCAAAAAGAGCAGGAGCAGCUGAAUGCACUGAGGCAGCACCACCUGGAAGAAAUUGAUCACCACAAGAAGGAGAUCGAACGGCUGCAGCGGGAGAUCGACCGCCACAAGGGAAAGAUCAGGAAGCUGAAGCACGACGACUGAGUGGAACACUCCCAACAAAACAAAAGCUUAUUUUCACUCGCCGUGCAAAAAAGCCUUUUGACGCACCUGUUACUGCAUGCAUUUACCAGGAAGGAUCUGAAUGUGUGGAAGAUUUUCUGUAAAUGAUUGAAAGUUAUUAAAUUUUCUCAUCUAUUGUUGUGUUUCUAUGGUUUGCUGUGGUUGCAAUUGUACAAUUCCACACAUCAUCGUUGUGCUUUUCACACUGCCAUCAAAAGACCUACGGUUAAAACAUGUGAACGUCAGCCUUAAAUAUUGUUUCAAUGAAUAAAAAAUGUGCAUGGCACUGAAGGUUU